AUGAACGUCUGGAGCUGUUUCUCAGCUCGUAUCGUGUUAUGGAUGUUAAUUAAUGUGACAACUACAAGGCAAUUGAAGUUACCACCUAAUGGUGCUUGGAACCAAAUUGGUACGACAGUUGCGGGAGAUAGAAAAGGAAACGCAGGAUCAAAUCUCAGUCAACUUAAUGAGCCUGUCGACAUAUAUAUCACCAACAACGACAUUCUUUAUAUUGGGGAUUCAUACAAUCAUCGAAUUCUUGUUGUUCAUCUCAACUCUUCGACCAACAACUCCGCUAUCGGCUCUGGGCCAGGUCCGAAUUUCAAUCAACUCAAUGGGCCACGCGGCGUUUUUGUUUUCAAUGCAUCUCUCUAUGUUCUUGAUACCAGCAAUUACCGAGUACAAAAGAUGACACUCGAUGGUUCUAAUGCCACUACAGUGGCUCAUAUACCUCGACUAGGCACGGCACCAGGCGAUCCACUCUAUCUCUACGUGACUGAUGAAGGCCACAUAUAUGUAAGUGAAAGAUUGGGACAUUGUAUCUGGUUAUUUUUUCCAAACUCAACUACUGGUCACAUCAUUGCUGGAAAAACUAGACAAAAGGGAUCCAAUAACGAUCAAUUCGACGAACCCUAUGGCAUCUUUGUCAACGACGUGGGCACCAUGUACAUUGCAGAUCGUAAGAACAAUCGAAUCAUGAAGUGGUCGACCGGAGAUUCGUAUGGUGUUCGUGUGGCUGGUGAUGGUAAAAUCGGUGAUACACCAAAACAACUCAACGAGCCCACCCAAGUGAUUGUUGAUACCAACGAAUACAUGUAUAUUACAGAAGCGGGUUAUCGAGCGCGUGUCGUUCGAUGGCUCGUCGGAUCAACCUGGGGUGUAUGCAUUGUUGCUUGCACAAGAAGUUCUGGAAUUGAAGCAACUCAACUAAAUCGACCACAUUCGUUGGCAUUUGAUAGACACGGGUCACUGUAUGUCACCGAUUGGGCUAAUCACCGAGUGCAAAAGUUCCAGAUUCUCGACUAUUCUCUAUCAUUCAACCAGCCAGUCAUUCCUCCGAACUCAACAUGGAGUGUAUGUGGUAUUACUUUUGCUAAUCAAAUCAGCAUUGGCUCGAGACCUCGUGGUAUUUUUAUUGAUCAUCGUGACACUGUGUAUAUCGCUGAUCAUACCCAUCGACGAGUUCUUGCAUGGUCAGAGAAAAAUAACAAUCAUCAUCAGAUAUCCACCCGCGAGUUAUUCGACCGUACAGCUCUGUUUGUUACAGUGAAUGGCGAUAUUUACGUUGAGAAUGGUGACCAAGAAGGUCGAAUUGAGAAGUGGAGAAUAGGUGCAACGAGUGGUGAACCCGUCGAAACAUUUCCUGGAAACUGCUUCGGGCUCUUCAUCGACAUUAGAAAUCAUCUUUAUUGUUCGAUUCGUGAGAAGCAUCAAGUGGUGAAAAUCAUGCUCGACAGCAACAACAAGUCGUUCGCGGUAGUGGCCGGAACGAGGAAUUCGUCUGGCUCUGGCUCUGACAAACUAAAUCGUCCUUGUGGAGUAUUUGUCGAUGUUUAUUUCAGUCUCUAUGUAGCUGACUCGGGCAAUAAUAGAAUUCAGGUUUUCCUGUCGGGAGAAUCAAAUGGAAUCACAGUUGCUGGCGGAGGUGUUCCUAAUGGCUUAGAACUACAAUAUCCAAGUGGUGUGAUACUGGACGCAAGUAACAUGUUAUACGUUGCAGAUAAUCAACAUCAUCGUGUUGUUCGAGUCGGAAGCAAUUCAUUCCGAUGUCUGUUUGGUUGCACGGAGAAAAGUGGAUCGGCGUCAAGUCAGCUGUAUUACUCAUAUUCUGUUGGUUUCGACAGUCACGGGCACUUGUAUGUGGCUGAUGAAUGGAAUGAUCGUAUUCAAAAAUUCAAUAUAGACAUCGAUUCUUGUGAUUGCAUGGAUCAUUUAGAAAUUCAAACUUCAACUAAUGCGGUAUUAACUACCGAGCAAACGACAAUGCAGUCGUGGUCGACUGAAAAUCCAUCUUCGUCAACCCCAUCAGUGUCAUUACAAGGGCUUGUGAGCCAUGCUAAAUUGAAAUUUCGUCAACAACCACAAGCACCUCAACCCUCACAAAUAUAUUUUGUUCCAACGUCAUGUUCUAAUGGAACGAAUAUUGGCAUGACCUGUAAUACUCCCGGCACUCUGUGCGACUUGUGGAGUCCAUGUCGAAACAAUGGAACAUGUGUCAACAACGAUGACAACAACGAUUACAAUUGUACUUGUCUGCCGCAUUUCGACGGGAAACAAUGCGAAACCGAUAAUCGGCCAUGUAAAAAAAAUACGUGUCUUAAUGGUAUAUGCAAUCAAACAUCGAAUUGUACCUGUGCAGCUGGUUGGGAAGGUACACGAUGUGAACGAAGGAUUGACUAUUGCGUGAAUGCAACAUGCUACAACAACGCAGUUUGUCGUUCGCUACUGGGUAAUUACACAUGCGAAUGUCUCAGUGAUUCUUAUUCCGGUCGGCAUUGUGAAAUCGUUGCAAAGAAAUUCAUUGUUUAUCAGUCUGUUUGUAAAUCUUUUGCUUAUAUUGCUAUCAUCGCCAUGGCUAGUGUGGUAUUGUUUGUUAUUGUCAUGGAUGCACUGAAAUAUUGUUUUGGAAGUGACCUGACUCGUUCGGAACUGGAACGAAUUCGACGAGAAAAACGAGCAAAGAAACGCAAACCAGUAAUCCAACGGUUUACUUAUGUCAAUGCUAUUCCUUCAUCGGGACAGACAAUUUCUAAAAGAAAAGAAACUGCUGUCUAA